CCACCCACAUUCCUUGAGGCAGAUUAAUCAUGGACAUAUCCAAAGCACCAAAUCCCCGCAAAUUGCAGCUCUGUCGGACGUAUUUCUUUGCUGGGUUUGCCCUUCUGCCAUUUGUGUGGGCCAUCAACGUUUGCUGGUUUUUCCAGGAAGCCUUCCGCAAGCCCCCCUACCCGGAGCAAAGCCAGAUAAAAAGAUUUGUAAUAUACUCGGCAAUCGGGACACUACUGUGGCUGCUGGUGCUCUGCGCUUGGAUUGUGAUAUUCCAGACGAAUCGCACAGCCUGGGGUGCUACCGCGGACUAUAUAAGCUUCAUCAUACCCCUGGGCAGUGCAUAACCGACUAACCAAACACACUAGAUAUACUAAUAAAUUAUGAUAUUAAAAAAAAGACUUAACCAGAAGAAAAGUAAAACAAUUGUUUAAUUAAAUUACAUAUUUUUUAUUCACAUCUAAA